AUGCAAGAAAUCAAGGAAAUUAAACUGGCAGAUUAUCUCUUCACCCGGCUUCGUCAGCUGGGUGUUGACUCAAUGUUUGGUGUCCCUGGCGAUUACAAUCUUCGUCUACUGGAUUUCGUCACCCCCGCUGGCCUUCAUUGGGUGGGAAACUGCAAUGAGCUCAAUGCGGCUUAUGCAGCAGAUGGAUAUGGCCGAAUCAAAGGAUUAGCCGCACUUAUUACCACCUAUGGUGUUGGUGAAUUGUCCGCCUUGAACGGCAUUGCGGGGGCCUACGCGGAGAACACGCCAGUGGUACACAUUGUCGGAACACCUCCGCGUCCGCUCCAAGCUGCGCGGACAUUCAUGCACCAUACAUUCUCAGAUGGCGACUAUCGUCGCUUUGCAAACAUGUCCAUUCAUAUCACCGCCGCUCAAACCAGACUGACGGAUGCCGCCACGGCGCCGGAAAGAAUUGAUUAUAUCCUGAAGCAGGCGUUGAUUCACAGCCGUCCAGUCUAUCUCGAACUCCCAGAUGAUAUGCCCGAUGUGCUUGUGUCAGCUGCAAAUCUGGAAACAAAGAUUCGCAUUCCCGAGCCCCCGAGCUCGACCCAAGAGCCGCAAGUGCUCGCUCAAAUCCUGGAGCGGAUCUACAGCGCCAAGCGUCCAUUCAUUCUGGUUGAUGGGGAGAGCACUGGUCUCGGCAUCGUCGACCAACUUGAUGCCCUGAUCAAAGCAACCGGUUGGCCAACAUGGACAACCGUGUACGGCAAAGGCCUCGUCAACGAGCAACUCCCCAACGCCUACGGACUAUAUGGCGGAGAUUUCGGCGACAAGCCAGCAAAGAAUUAUUUCGAUGAAGCAGACCUAAUUCUUACAUUUGGACCACACAACAGCGACACAAACAGCUACUUCUUCACGACAAUCGCCAAACCAGCAGUGGCAAUUACAUUCUCUGGCACGAGCGUUAAAAUCUCAAACGAUACAUACCUCGACAUGUCAGCACGAAGCAUCCUCUCAAAGCUUCUUCAGAGCCUCGAUUCAACACGUCUAGUCAAACCUGAAACCCCACCAAAACAUGAGCUCAGCGUCACAGGCAUCCAACCUACCGACCCACUAGCCCAAAGCAACUUCUACCCACUCGUGAACCCCCUUUUCCGGGAAGGCGACAUAAUCCUGACAGAAACCGGGACAGCGGCCCACGGAGGUCGAAACUUCAAGCUCCCAACGGGAUCCCGAAUCUUCGGCGCAGUGACCUGGCUCUCCAUCGGCUUCAUGUUACCUGCAACCCUAGGCACCGCCCUAGCACAGCGGGAACGUAACACACAACCCGAGCAAAAGAGCCAAACAAUUCUCUUCAUUGGCGACGGGAGUCUCCAAAUGACGGCGCAAGAGAUCAGCGUGAUGAUCCGGGAAAAGCUUAAUAUUAUCAUCUUCAUUAUCAACAAUGAGGGUUAUACCAUCGAGCGUGUGAUUCACGGCCGGAAAGAAGCGUACAACGACGUUCCCUUCUGGCGACAUGCACAGGCAUUGAAUUACUUCGGUGCUGAUGAGGAUCAUGUCAAGAAUAAUACUUUCACAGCUAGGACUUGUGGGGAGCUUCAGGAGGUUUUAGCAAAUGAGAAUAUCAUCAAUGGGCAGGGUGUUAGGCUUGUUGAAGUGUCCAUGGGACGGGAGGAUGUGCAGGGAGCGCUGCUUUAUCUUUUAGAGAAGCAGCUUGCACAGGAGGCAGCGCAGGAGCAGAAGGAGUAG